UCACAAAAUUCUCGUAGAAAUAUCUUUAUUGGUACAUUAUUGUUAGUAAAUAUACAAAAUGACUUUAAUGGGUGCGAUCUUGAGGAAGGUGCAGUCCAGAGAGUCAGUGGGCAAUGAUUACGGAUCCCCACCCCCGGAAAUAGACGAAACUUUAUUACGUCGAAAUAAAAUUAAAAAGCGAACAAAGAAGGAAGCUCGUGUGCGUGCCAUUGUCGACUCUUCAUCGCCUUAUUACAAUGAGCUACGGAUGUACCGCUCACUGCCCGAAUGGAAACAUCGAUUACAGAAGAUAUAUCUGGACAACAUUAGAAUAUUAUUCGCCAUCGUCACGGCUUAUUUGAAUGGCGGUUGGGUGGAUAGCCAUUGGUCGAAGCUGACGUCACUGAGAAACCAAUACCACCACAAGAGAGUCCGUAUGUACGAAGUAGUUAACCGUGAGAACAAGGAAAUAUACAAACGUAUUAAGGAGACUAACGCUCGGGUGGUACCAACGACUGCUCUGAAUAAAGCAUGGACGCGCAAUAAACGAGAUAUCAUUCGUAUGUCGAAGAAUCAAUUUAUUCUUUUUCCUGUUCAACAACUUGAGACGAUUGAAGACGUCGCUUUUAAGCCACCGAAUGAAUUAAAACGCCCUCGAGCGAACAUAACAUUACGAAUGCGUGACGCCGCAAUUAUCGGGACGAUGGCUGUGGAACUAUUCGUGGAUGUGUGUCCCGCUACUUGUCAACUAUUCCUGGAACUGCUAGACGGAGACGGCUUGGGGUAUGGUUAUGUUGGCACGCAAUUUUUCAGGAAAGUUCCGGGCUUGUAUUGGAGCGGUGGUGAUGUGGUGCAUAACAACGGGUGCGGGUGUUACGCUCAGCGCGGUCGAGUGCGACCCAUCACCGCUGAGAACUAUCACUACUCACAUUCCAUGCCAGGGUUGCUCUCGAUGCGCGUGAUGUCAGACGAACUUGUGUGUGGAGUGUUUAACAUAACGUUCAAGCCUUUGCCUCAAUUUGAUUUAAAAAAUGUUGUAUUCGGAAGGAUCAUCCGACCAUGUUCGACAUAUGAAGUUAUCCGCACGUUGGGCUCUCCGCUCAACUCACAUCCUAUCAUAGAAAUAGCGGCUACAGGAAGAAAAGUUGACAAGCGAUUUAUACGAGGAACUCUCAACACAAAAUUGCAGACUAACUUUAAAAUGCAUAAAUAAAUAAGACUUCGAUACAUACAAACUUUUUUAUU